AUGGAUCCAGUUGCUGAGAAAAAGCUGACGGGACUUGUAGCAGCUACAUUUACUCCAUUCACUUCCCAGGGUGAAAUCAACUUAUCAGUUAUUGGACCUUACAUUGACUACCUGUCCGAGCAGCAAGGUGUAAAGGGCAUAUUUGUGAAUGGCACCACAGGGGAGAGCAUGUCUCUCACUGUAGCAGAAAGGAAGGUCCUGGCAGAGAAGUGGUGUGAGAAAGCUAAGGGCAGAAUGAACCAAGUGAUUGUACAUGUUGGAUGCAUGAGUGUUAAAGACUCCCAGGAGCUGGCUCGUCAUGCAGCACAAAUUGGGGCUGAUGGGAUAGCAGUCAUCGCCCCCUUCUUUUUUAAGCCCAGAAAUGCAGAGACUUUGAGAGCAUUUAUGAAGGAAGUCGCUGCAGCGGCUCCAAAUCUGCCUUUCUACUAUUAUCAAAUCCCAGGACUCACUGGUGUUAAUGUGCAAGUGAGAGAUGUGAUAGAAGGUAUUGAGAAGCUCAUUCCCUCCUUCAGAGGCGUGAAGUUCACUGGGAAUGACCUCAUGGACUUGGGUCAGUGUGUCAGUUACUGCCUGCCUGAGUGGUCCGUCUUGUACGGGGUGGACGAGCAACUGUUAGCAGGUCUGGCUAUGGGAGUCCACGGAGCCGUUGGCAGCACAUAUAAUUAUAUUGGAUGUCAUGUCAACAAGCUCAUAGCUGCAUUUGAGAAUGGUGACCUUGUUCAAGCCAGGACCAUACAGUUCAAAAUGCAAGAGCUUCUGAGUUACGCCAUGAAACUCGGUUUUGAUGUCGGCGUGAACAAGCAGCUGAUGUCGGAGCUGUCAGGUUUAUCUCUUGGACCCCCGCGACUCCCGCUGAUGCCAUGUCCUCAUGAUCACGCUGAGCUGAUCGCACAGAAAUUUCGCACAAUUUUUUCUCAUAGCUAAUUUGUUUGUACUUAAUUUUAAACCUUGAGGUUCUGUCGGCAAAUCUAUUUUUUGUCAAUAGUGCUCACAGGUCGGCAACAAUAUUUGAGCAAUAUACUAACUCUGACAAAUUUUAACAUUAAUCCACCAUUUAAAAUUUUAACAAUUGUUGAUCAUUCUUGAAUGUAUUUAAACUUGAGCAUUCCCUAUA